GUCUAGUUCAAAUACUAUCCUGUGGUUUGUGCAUUAAAGUGGCACCUAGAUUGUUUUUGGAGGUUGGACGCUUUUAUUUUCGACUCUGGAUAUAAGUGCCAUGCUUAUAGAGACGCUCUGCUCUCCGGGGAAGCUAGGUAGCAGAUGCUGAUUGGGAUACGAUACUGUGUGCGAUUGAGUCAAUUGAACUAAGAAAAAGAGAUUGGCGGCGCAACCGUAGUGUCACAGAAUGGUAGACUUACCGUCACUGCCUCUCUGCCAGCGUCUUAGCUUCGCCACUGGUCAUUUCCUAAACGAUCUCUGUGCCUCAAUGUGGUUCACAUAUUUCCUGGUGUACUUCCAUUCCGUGUUAGGUUUCGACUCAUUCUACGCGGGAGUGCUACUUCUGGUGGGCCAAAUAGCAGAUGGUAUAUGCACGCCCUUGGUGGGUUAUGAAUCGGACCGGCACGCUAGUUUGAUGGCAUACGGGCGCAGGAAGUCCUGGCAUGUAGUGGGAACACUAAGUGUGGUUCUGUCAUUUCCUUUUAUAUUCAAUCCAUGUCUGGGCUGCACACAGAACACCCCACAGUGGGUAGGCCUGCUAUACUUUAUCCCAUUCAUUGUCAUCUUCCAGUUUGGAUGGGCGGCCACUCAGAUCUCCCAUCUCUCUCUCAUACCAGAACUGUCACAGAAUGAUCAUGACAAAGUGGAGCUCACUGCAUUCCGAUAUGCCUUCACUGUCAUGGCUAAUAUUACUGUGUAUGCUGUGGCAUGGCUGCUUCUACACUUUCACAUGGGAGAGGACAAGCCAGAAAAUAUGGAAAAUUUAAGCAGACAGGAUAUUCCCAUUUUCAGGACCUUGGCCCUUAUCACGGUUGGGUUGGGAACUGUAUUCUCACUAUUGUUCCAUAUUGGAACAAAAGAGAAGCCACAAAGGUUUCAUCUUCUUCUGGAGACUGAAGACCCAGAUAGUCCUCAUCCCUCUGAAGAUCCCAGACUUUCUGAACCACCAAAGUCUUUCAUGGUUUGGAAGCGCUGGCUAAAGGAACCAUCUUUCUAUCAGGUGGCUGUUCUAUACAUGUGUACAAGACUUAUAGUAAAUCUCUCUCAGACGUUUAUUGCCUUAUAUUUGACCAAUUCUCUGCACCUUCCAAAGAACUAUAUAGCAACAAUUCCAUUAGUUAUGUAUGUAAGUGGCUUUGUGUCAUCAUUUCUAAUGAAACCCAUCAACAAAUGGAUUGGGAGAAAUUUUACAUACUUUGUAGGUCUCCUUGCCAUUGCCACAUUUGCAGCAUGGGUAGCACUGGAUCCUGGUUUGGGAGUUGCAGUAUACGGAGCUGCUGUUGUCCUGGGUACUGGAUCUGCAACUAUUUUGGUCACUUCCCUUUCCAUGACUGCUGAUCUUAUUGGGACUCACUCGCGAAGUGCAGCAUUUGUUUAUGGGGCAAUGAGCUUUACAGAUAAGGUAGCCAAUGGCCUGGCAGUUGUUGCUAUCCAGUCUCUGCACCCUUGUCGUACUCAGGUGUGCUGCCCGGCUUGCGUUCCUUUCUACCAUUGGGUGAUGGUGACAGUCACAGGCGGUGUGGUUAUUGUAGCUGCCUUUUCACUAAGUUCCAUUAUGAUCUGGCCAAUUAAAGUGCGAUAUUGCAACAUCUCCAUUUAUACCAUCCAGGAUUCCUCGGAUAUUCCAAGACCUCCUCCCAAUACACAAGAAAUAAAUUCAUUGAACACAUGAGUUCUAAAGAGUGAGAAGAGAUUGUUCCCAUUUUGAUACAUUCCUAAGUUUUCCUAGUUUUGCACACUGACGUCAUUGUCACAAAUUACAAAUUCAAUAUUAUUUUAUUGGACUGUCAGACUUCUCAGGAUUGCAUAACCUCUUCCAAAAAUAUUUUUAAGUAAAAUAUUUAAAAGGGAAUAGCACUAAAGAACAUGUCAAUGAAACUACAAAACAUGUUCACCCACAAUUGUAACCUUACCAGAAUAUUGUGUCUUGGAUGAGAAGCAAUAAACACAAUUAACCUUUUUAACAA